AUGUCUUUCCGCGGAACAAACCGUGGACUCACUCCAACAUCCAUCCACUGGAGCUUCACAGCCGGCAAACGCAGCAGAGGGUGGAGAAACCUCUCCGACGUCAAGCUCCGGAAGACGGCUUCUCAUGACUGGAUUGCGCUCGUCUGCGCCUCAGGCGGCAACGCAGGCAUCAUCGACGUUUCCAACCAGAAGGUGAAAACUGACUUGGGUGAUUUGCUAUGGACAGGCUCGCCCGGCAGCAACCCACACGCCAUCGAGCGGAUUCCGCAUCUUGGUGCGGUUGUCGUCGCGAGUUCGACUCCGGGGAAGCUGACGCUCUAUUACCCAGGAAAUCCUAAGGAUAUAAACGAUUUCAAGAACUUGAGGAAAUCAGAUGUCACGUAUGAUGCUCCUGGUGCUCAUGGAAUACUUUGGGAUCCUAACGACGCGCAAGACUCCCCUGAAAGGGGGAUAUUGUGGGUUUCCCUGGAUAAAUACAUGAGGAAAUAUAAAAUCAUGGGCCGAGGGGAAACAAUGCGACUUUUACAAGAGGGUAGUGCGAUUCCCUUCCCUGGAAAGGGUGGUCUGGGACAUGAUUUACAGCCGGAUUAUACAAACAAAAAUGUGCUGCUGGCGACGGAUUCAUAUGGUGCUUACGCAUAUGAUAUUCCUACUGGGAAGUGGGUAACCUUGAGAGAGGAAAUGGCGAUAAAGAGUUUCGUGAGACAUAAGAGUGGGGAGUAUCUGUGGGUUACAAAGGAGGGGAAGGGAGGCUGGGUAAGCCCAUGGGUAAGUUUUGGAGUGCAGGCUGGGGAGAAAGCAAGUGAAAGGAAAGGAGGUACUGGGAUGGGCUUUUAUAAAGCAAGAAUUCAUGAGACAGCCUUUGAGUAA